AUGUCUUUAUUCACGAGUAACACUCUUUAUCCGGUUACCGCGUCAAUUCCUAAUGGUUACGCUACUCAAAUUACGGAUAAACAAAAAAAUAAAAUUAUAUUUCUCGAUGUCACGCCCGCUCGGACGCCGAAUUUGAAAACUCCGUCUGAUAACUCAAUAGUACCAAUACACGAUACAUUAAUCGCCCCGCAAAUAAAUAAGGAUAUUAUUUAUGAGAAUAUAAAACCAGUGUUUACGAUACUACGAAUAAUGGGUGUUUUGCCUUUGACAAGACCUCAAGCUGGUCUAAAUCAGUUUCAGAUCGCAUCUCCAUCAAUGUUGUACUCUAUAGUUUGCUACAUCCUCCUUAUUAGUUAUGUGCUUUACCUGUCUCUUCACAAGCUACAAAUAUUGCGCACCGCUGAAGGUAGAUUCGAGGAAGCUGUUAUUGAGUACCUUUUCACCGUCUAUCUUUUUCCUAUGUUGGUGAUUCCUAUAAUAUGGUACGAGACGCGUAAGAUAGCUGAUAUUUUGAAUGGAUGGGUUGAUUUCGAGAUUUGCUAUAAAAAGUUAUCUGGACGAAUCUUAUCCAUAAAAUUGUACAAAAAAGCUUUAGCGAUCGCCGUAAUAAUUCCGUUAUUAUCAACGAGUUCUGUGAUCAUCACUCACGUGACUAUGGUCCAUUUCAAUUUAAUGCAGAUUUUGCCAUACAUAUUCCUGGACAUCCUUACAUACAUCCUCGGAGGAUAUUGGUAUCUUUUAUGUGAAAUUUUAAGUGUUUGCGCAAGUAUUCUUGCGGAAGAUUUUCAACAAGCUCUUCGCCAUGUUGGGCCAGCUGGGAAAGUAGCAAAGUAUCGUGCCCUUUGGCUGCGUUUAAGCAAACUCGCACGCGACACUGGCCUCGCUAAUUGCUAUACAUUUACUUUUCUUAAUCUGUAUCUCUUUCUUAUCAUAACUUUAUCGAUAUACGGCCUUCUUAGUCAAAUAUCGGAAGGCUUUGGUACUAAAGAUAUAGGCCUGGCUGUGACAGCUUGUUGUAGCAUUUUUCUCCUAUUUUUUAUCUGUGACGAAGCCCACAAUGCUUCGCAUAAUGUGCGAACGAAUUUUCAAAAGAAAUUAUUAAUGGUGGAACUAUCGUGGAUGAACACGGAUGCACAAACCGAAGUAAACAUGUUUCUACGCGCCACUGAGAUGAACCCAUCUCAAAUCAGCCUGGGUGGAUUCUUUGAUGUGAACAGACAUCUUUUCAAAUCACUUUUAGCGACAAUGGUGACUUACCUUGUUGUAUUACUGCAGUUCCAAAUCAGCAUUCCAGAUGACAAUCAAAGACAAAUGGAAACUGAGGAAAACCAAAAUCAAUUAAAUGAGACGGUUGUAGCUGAAACAACGAAAAUGACAACAUCCUUAGCUACCACGAUAUUGACUACUCUUGCUAAGAAGAAACAGAAAAACUAAAUCAAUAUUCCAUAUCCUGCGGUAGCCAUUACGGUUGAAUUAUUAUUAUAAAUGAAUAGAACCUUAGAAAUAUAGACCUAAUUUAAAACAAGCCUAAUA